UUUCGGCAGUCCCGAUUGUCUCCGGCAUUCGUUUAUUCGCUUCUUUUUCAUGACAUUUGGGUUUAUUUUCCUCAGUUACUUCAUUUCUGUUGUGCGUGCGAGCGAGUAAUAUACAACUAAAGCGGUAGUUGCGAAAGUAACUUUUAUAUCAAAUAUAUGUAUAUGUAUAUGUAUUUUUAACUAGGAUAAUAUUGAAUUGAAAUAAUUAAAAUGCCGAUAUGAUUUAAGUGCUCUGAAAAAUAAUGUAUGCUUAUAUCGGUUAUACGGUGAAAGAUGGAAGAAAAUGGUACAAUUUGAAUAGUUCGAAAUGUGGGCAGUAGCACUGAAGAAAAAAAGGAAGUGUAAACGGGAGGAGCAACGUUCGCCGUAGUGAAAAACGGAGAAAAAUUGCAGUUCAUCAAGUAGGAAAGUGUUAAAACGUUCAAGUUUUAAACGGUUUUAGAUGUGUGUUAAUAAAUUAUAAAAUAUAAAAAAGAAAAAAUUUAAGAUAAGAAAAUCAAAGUGCAGCACAAAAUUAAAAAAUUGUGUGCAGAAUAGCGCAAGUCGCUGUAGCGGCCUUUGGAAAAGUCAGCGUCGACCAUUCAAGGCGAACGCAGUUGCAGAAAAAUGAGUUCGAGUUGCAGCAACGAAAGAAUAGAAUGGGUGGAAAUAAUCGAGCCACGCACCAAGGAGCACAUGUACGCAAAUCUCACAACUGGCGAGUGCGUUUGGGAUCCACCGGAAGAUGUACCAAUUAAGCGCACCGACUCAUCACAGUGGUGGGAAUUGUUCGAUACGAAUACGCAACGCUUUUACUACUACAAUGCAGCGACACAGAAAACCGUCUGGCAUCGGCCAAGCAAGUGUGAUAUCAUACCGCUGGCGAAAUUGCAAACGCUCAAACAGAAUACGGAUCCGAGUGAUCGCAAGGAGAGCAGCACACAGACACAGCAUACGACAGGAGGUGGGUCGCAGUCGACGUCGGCGACACAAUCACCUUUGGCGGCGGUCGGCAAGCUGCGCGCCCAGCGCAGUGCAGCGCGUGAAGCGGCAGGAUUGACUGUCAAGAAUAACACGAAUACCGGUGGGAGUGUCGGCAGUGCGGGCAAGCGCAGCACCGCUGGCAUGGAGGGCCGUAACGUCAACGCUUUGCCUCUACACGCUAGUUCGGAGGAGAAACUCUCCGCCGAGUUCAUUUCUAGUCCACGUGGGCGUCACAGUUUUCGCGUUGGAACGGGUGAUUCAUCAUCGUUCACGGAUAUGCAGCCAUUCUCUUCGAGACGCUCACAAGAUUCAACAAAUCAUUACAAAGAGUCGGGCAAGUCUAGCGAUUCCAGUUUGUCCAGCAUACAUGGCUAUCGGCGUUUUAACGAUGCUGGCGCUGGCGAAAGCUUGCGCUUGGGUUCACUACAGAAACAACGCACACGCAAGGAGGGCAGCUUUGAUUUGUUGCAAGAGAGCAAUAGUUCGCACAAUUUGCCGCACGCCUCAUCGUAUGGCGGGGGUGGCAGCGGCAAUGGUGGCAGUGGUGUUGGUGGUGGUGCGGUAGGUGAUAAAUAUUUCGAUCGUCAUCUUCAACAGACACCAACGCAAACGCAUUCACCGCAGCAACAGCAACUCUUGCCGGGACAUCAUUUGCCGGGCUAUUGCUCGUCCAAGUCGUCGGAUGUGGCUUCGCCCACGCACUCGGCGCACACACCACAACCAAAGAAGAAAAUCUCGCCCGACGGUGGCAGUGCCGUGGGCACAGGUACGAGUGGUCACUAUCCACCGCUGGCCUAUGCACAUCAAAGGCACUCUCAACCGCAACAACAACAACAACAGGCACCACGCGCCCAACGUAUUAGCGGCACGGGAGGCAGCGGUUCGGGUGGAAGACAUCACGGUGCCGCAGAAUAUGCAGGCGAGCGUGAACGUGAAUAUAAAGUGUCGCUGGCGCGUUCGGGUAGUUUCAUGUCAACCGCCAUAAAUCCCACAGCGGCAGGGCAUCACAGCAAGUCGUAUCGCAAGUCAAGCGGCGAGGCAAAUGGCGGCGCGGCUAGCGAUGACUCUAUGCAUGAAAAAUAUUUCAAGUCUGUGGAAAAUACACCACUCUCGCGUCGACGGCACGCUGCCGCGUCCAAGACAACAAGUGGCGAUGGCACUGGCGGUGGCACCAGCGGCAGCAGCAGCAAUAAAAAGCACUCGAGUGACUCCAGUCCGCAAAGCCCCAUUAGUCCGCAGAUCAAAUCAAAGUCCUCGAAAACCGCUAACAAUGCGCUCGGCAGCGCUUUUGCCAAUAACUCCGCAUUACAUUCACCUGGUCACUCACCAACUGCUCCUUUGCAUAACAAACAUCACAAACAGGAUUCUUCAUGCAGCUUGGAACUUUUGAAUAUGGAACGUAUGUCCUUGAAUAAGCCGACUUCGCCACAUUUAAGUGACGUCGUUGCUGCUUCCUCUUCAACAUCACCAAAUAACCUGGUGGCCACCACCGUGGGUAUGAAAAACUUCCCAUCAUCGGAUAAUAUUGGUGGUAUGCUGACACAUUCGUCGCGCAGUUCGACGGACUCGCGCAGCAAGCAGCGUGCAUAUCAACAGCAGACGCCACAACUGCAGCAACACCAAAGUCAGGAUAAUCGUUCGAUUGGCUCUUUGCGUCACAACUCAACUGGUGUGGACAAGCAGGCGAAUCGUCGCUCAAACGAGCACUACUAUGACAGCUCGCGUGGCAAUAAACAUGAGCAUCGUCGCUCGCGUGGUUCACGACAACAUAACAAUCUGCUUAAUGCGGAUAACAGUGAUGUGGAGUAUGAUAACGGCAAUAUAUCGCCGCUUUACAGCAAUUGGGAUCAGGAAAUGCAUCAACACCUGCUUCCAUUGAAGAACUACAUUAUGGAGCAAGCCAAAUUGUCUGGACAUUAUGUAUUCGGUGAUCCCAUCGAUUCAGAUUCCUAUCAUUCGGAUAGCCAAUCGGAACACUCGCUCUCCGGUCACGAGCCCGAUAAUGAGGAUUCGGAUGGUGGCUCAGACACGCAUGGCGGUUAUUUGGAGCAUAAUUAUGGCAUGAUUGAUGACUAUGCCAACAUGGAUGACAGCGUGUCCUAUUACGCAUAUCAAUAUCCACCUUAUGAUCCAUCGGGACGUGAGGAUAUCUCAGACAAUGUGGAAGCCGUUCUCGAGGGUAUCGGCAGUCAGGGUGCCGAACGCGCAUCGGAAUUCGCACAGAAACCAAAACAACGAUAUCAAAUCUCAUUUUAUGACACCGCGCAUACAACGCACACUACACCAACACAACAACAACAUCAGCAGCAAUACCAACAAAAGCAACCAACGCUUGGUCAUCAUCAGCUUGGAUCUCAAACACAAUUACAACAAAAUCAAUUGUAUUCGAAUACACCAGCACUAGCGCCACAUCAUCACCUGCCACCACAACCGCCUCUACCACCGCAUCAGCACCUUCAACUUGAUGCCGAUGCCAAACAAAAACAAUCACAAACGCUUCCCUCACCAAAUCGACAAAUCUCACGCAUCGCUCAGUCGGGCGGUGUCAGCGGUUCAACCGCCAUUGAUGGCAAUAAUACCGCGGGCACCGGUGUUGUCGGUACGGGCGGUGGCAGUGUGCGUCUGCAUCAUUAUGCCAAAGAUGAAAGUGGUGGUGGCACAGCAAGCAUGUCGCGUACGCCCCGAUUGCCACCGCCAUCGCUGAAGCCGACAAUACAGCAAAUAUUUCCACCCAGCGAGCGCGCACCACCUAACUUGGGCGGCCUGAGCACCACGCUGGUGUGCAUGAAGGAAUGUGAUAUUGAGAAAUUCGCUGCGGACAAUCUGAAUUUGCAUUCGAAGGGCAUUUUUCGUAAAAAGUCUUCUGUACGCGAUAUGCUGAGCUGGACUCCGGAACCCAUCAGUCGACCAAUGUUGGCGCUGUCACGCGACAAAUCGGACAAGAAAACUGCCAUUGAACUCUUCAAGUUGGUGCAAAUUUACAUGGGCGAUCGGAAGGCGCGUGUCGGCAUGAGUCUCAAUUCGGUAGCGAUCGAUAUAAUAGUCGCAGCGCUGCCACAGCAACAGUUACGCGAUGAAUUGUACGUGCAGCUAUGCCGUCAGACUACAGAGAACCCGAAACGUGAUUCGCUGAUACGCGGCUGGGAGCUAAUGGCGAUUUGUUUAUCCUUUGUGCCGCCAUCGCCCACAUUCCAGCCAACUUUGUUAAAUUAUAUGAAUCGGCAUCGUGAUCCGGCCUUCGCCACGUCAUUUCCGGAAGUGGGCAAAUGGCCCAUACAUGUACAGAUCUCACACUAUGCAACUGUUUGCUGCAGACGUUUGGAUCGUAUCGGUAGUCAUGGUCGGCGGCAGGCCAAGAGGCCCACAGAAGAUGAAGUUGAGCAGGCGAGGAAUCAAAUUCUACGCGUUAGCAUGUUUGGCAACACAAUCGCUGAGGUAAUGGACUUGCAAAAGGAUAAGUUCCCAAAUCGCAAAUUGCCGUGGAUACAAACUACACUGUCCGAGCAUGUUUUGCUUUUGAACGGCAAGCAAACGGAGGGAAUUUUCCGCGUCUCCGCCGAUGUGGAUGAGGUGAAUUGCUUGAAGAGUCGUUUAGAUCGGUGGGAUGUUCCUGAUUAUAAAAAUAGCAUGGUGGAUGCGCAUGCGCCCGCUAGUCUUCUGAAGCUGUGGUAUCGUGAAUUGUAUGAUCCGCUCAUACCGGAUCAGUUCUACGAGGAAUGCGUCAAUACUGAGGAUCCGGAUAAAGCCAAAGAAAUUGUUGAUAAGCUGCCGGAGCUUAAUAAGUUGGUUUUGACCUACCUGGUGCACUUUUUGCAACAAUUCUCCCACACCGAUGUGGUGAGUUGCACCAAAAUGGAUUCAUCCAAUCUGGCAAUGGUUUUUGCGCCAAACUGCUUGCGUUGCACCUCAGACGAUCCGAAAGUGAUAUUAGAGAAUGCACGCAAAGAGAUGGCUUUCAUGCGCACACUCAUACUACAUAUGGACACAACGCCUGUGGCGAAUCUAACCUGAACGCACGACGUGCACCGAAUGUAAAUAAGUAAAACCAUAGAGAAAAUAAACUAUGAAAAUCAAGGUGAUCGCUUGUAAAGGAGGACACAGCAGGAUAGUUGUAGCUUAAGAACAGAAGAUAAACACCAAAAAAUAAUAUACAUUUUUAUUUGCAUUAUGAUAUUUGCAAAAUUAAUUAUGAAAUGCGUUUUUGCUUUGUUUUUCUAUAAAUAGUAAUGUAUUAAAUAGUGUUUAAGUAUACCAAAAAAUGCAAAAAGAAAUACUCAUUUGGGAAGCAACACUGCAGAUUUAAAUAGAGAAAAACAUCAAAUCCAUGUUAUACAUACAUAUAUAUACAGGUGUAAAAACAUUAUAAAUAACUUAUACACACAUACGUAUAUAUAUAUAUAUAUAUAUAUACAGUAUACAAACUGUCAAACGCUUACAAAUAUUAAACAGUAAAGCAUUGUAUUUAUUCAAAAGUAGGUCACAAACCGCAAUACUCGUAUAUGCUUAUGCAUACACUCAUACAUAUAUAUAUAUACAGACUCUUAUAUACAUACCUAAAUAUAUAAUAAAUAUAAAUAUUAAAUAUAUCUAACAUAAAAAUAUAUAUGCGAAUUAUAAGGAAGCAUGCCCAGAUAAUAUUAGAUAACCCCAUAAAAAGGGCAACAACUAUUAAUGCUACUACUAAUUGCUUUCUUCCGCUUUCUUUUCUAAAAUACUAUAUGAAGAUUAUGUGAGCAGUAAAAAAGAAGCAGAGUUUAAUUAAUUGUGCAUAGCGACAAUGCAUUUACGGGCAUUUGGGUUUGUCGUGCGAUUAGACGAAAUUUCGGUGCGUGCGUGUGUUAGCAGUUACAAUUCUAAAUAACAGUAGUUGCAUGCCAAAACUAAUUAAAAAAAUUAAUAAAAAAUUACUAUAAUUCUAGCUAAAACCAAUUUAAGCCCAUAUAACAACGUUAACGUAAUAGAAUUUCGUAACAAAAAGAAAGCGCUUUGAAUUUAUUUUAGAAACGCAAAUUGUAAAAAUGCCUAAACAAACAAAAAUUUACCAAAUAAUUAGUGACUAAUAUUAAUUUUUCUACUCAGUAUACUUUAGUUAUACAUUUAUGUAGCAUUUAUAAAAAUAAUUAAUUAAAUAUAUAUAUAUAUAUACAUACAUAUAUAACUACUAAACUGAAGCUACGGGAAAUAAUAAAGCUAAAAAAUAAUUAAAUAAAAAUUGUUCAAUUAAUAAUUGUUAAAAGAGUAAUCAAAAAUUAACCGAAAAAUACUUAAGCUCAAUGUAUUAGGUGAAUAAAUAGCAUUGAUUCGUAAAAUUUAUCCAGGAAAACGCGCACACACACACACAAAUAAUAUGUAUGUUUAUAGUCAGAGUCUGAAAAUUUGCGCAUUCGCAAAAAUAGCUCGUUGAAUUACAGCAAUAUAAUGAAAUCUUAAUAGUUGGGUUCGCUAUCUGUUAACAAUAACAAAAGUAGUUUACCGCUAUAUAGUAAUAUUUAGUUUGGACUUAUGUACAUACAUACGCAUAUAAUACAUUACUAUUAAACUAUUAAAUCAUCUUUUAUUUUGGAUGGAAAAUGUGUACGUCAUGUUUAUAGUUCUUUGCGUUUUAGCAAAAGUCUCGCUGUCGAACUACCAAAAUGCGCAAAUAGCGUCUUUCUUAAAAAAUUCCAAAUGGAAAUAGUUUUUCGAAAAUUUUGUGAUUGAUGUUACAACUUCUUAAAGUAAUAAUAUUUUAGACUACGCGAAGACGCCUUACAAUAUUUCUUACUUUGUUUUUCCUCGACAUCACCGCAAAAAAAAGAAGUAAUUGCGGCAUCCAAAAUAUUUCAGCGGUGCUAAAUAGUAAUAAAAAGUCUAGAAAGAGAUAGAUGAUUCAUUUUAUAUGCAUUUUUAUCUGGUCUCAGCUUAUAACAAAAAUUGUUAACAAAUAACGUUUCUUUAUUUACGUUUUAACCUUUUAGCUAAAGUAAAAUCUAACCUUAUCCAUAAUUUUCUCUUUUUGCUAUUUUUGCAAAGAUUUUUAAUGAAAAAAGAAAAUUAAUUAAUAAAAAUAAAUUGAAUUUAACAAAUUUUGCCUUGAUGUUUUUUCCAAAUGAAUAUUAUAUUUAUGUGUAUGUAUGUACAGACUUCUGAAAGUUAUAUGCAGGUUUUUUAAUUUAAUUAUUAUUGAUUUUAUUUUUGCGUCUUAAAAACAACAGCUUAACACAACUAAGAAUGAAGAAAAUAAAAUUAACAACUUAAUAACCAAUAUUUGCAUUAAGUAGUAAAUAAUGAAAUAAUAAAAUAAUAAAUAAACACUAAAUUCAACAAUACAAUCUCUAGAGACAUUACAGAACUGCAUGCUAAGUUAUUUAAAAUAAAUUAUUAUUGUUUUUUAAACAAACAAAAAAUGCAAAAAGUAAUUAUUAUUACGUAAAAAGAAAUAAACAGUUAAAACCUAAAAAUUUAAUCACAAUUCAAACCCCAAAUAAUUAAUUGUUGAAAUUAAAAAUAUCAUAUAUGUAUACUACAGUAACCUAUUUUCACUACCACUACAAUGUGCAACAACAAAGUAUUGCUCUAACAAUCUACCAAGGCAACACUAAAUAUGAAUGAUUAAUGAAAGCGAUAAAAAUGGCCCACAACAACAAUAACUUAUGUAAUUAAAAGUAGCUACAGAAUUACAAAUGUAUAAAUAUAAACAAUUAAAUAAUUAACAUGUUCGAAAA